AUGUGGGGACUCCGGGCUUGGUAUGUGCCAUGUCUAGCUUCACAUGAGACCCUCCAAGAAUUAUGUAGGAAGGAAAAUCUGAGAUGUAAAUCCAUUGGAAUCACCAACAAGAGUCUAAAGAGUUAUGAGGUGGAAUAUUUGUGUGACUACAAGGUAGAAGAGGGCAAAGAAUACUAUCUUGUGAAAUGGAAAGGAUGGCCAGAAUCUUCAAAUACUUGGGAACCUCAGAAAAAUCUGAAAUGCCCAAAACUUCUUGAAAACUUCCUUAGUGACAAAGAUGAAUACUUAUCUCGGAUGAAAGAAGGCAAAGCACUGAAAGUGAGAAACAGUGUAAAAGCUUUGAAACCUGCAGUUGCAGAUUACAUUGUAAAGAAGGCUAAACAAAGAAUAGCUCUGCAGAGAUGGAAGGAAGAACUCAACAGGAAAAAGAAUCAUAAAGGAAUGAUUCUGGUAGAAAACACUGUGGAUCUUGAAGGUCCUCCUAUAGACUUCUAUUACAUUAAUGAGUAUAAGCCUGCUCCGGGGAUAAACGUAAUAAAUGGAAUAACAACUGGCUGUGAAUGCUCAGACUGCCCUGCUGAGAAGUGCUGUCCAAAAGAAGCUGGUUUUAUUUUGGCUUAUAAUAAACGAAAGAAGCUGAAAAUCCAGCCUGGCUUGCCCAUCUAUGAAUGCAAUUCAUUUUGUAGGUGUGGUCCUGACUGCCCUAAUAGGAUAGUACAGAAAGGUACACAAUAUUCUCUUUGCAUCUUCAGAACUAACAACGGCCGAGGCUGGGGAGUGAAAACACUUCAGAAAAUUAAGACCAACAGUUUUGUGAUGGAGUAUGUUGGAGAGGUGAUUACAAGUGAGGAAGCAGAGAGACGAGGCCAAUUCUAUGACAACCAGGGGAAUACGUACUUGUUUGAUUUGGACUAUGACUCAGAUGAGUUUACAGUAGAUGCAGCUCGAUACGGAAACGUGUCCCACUUUGUGAAUCACAGUUGUGAUCCCAAUCUUCAAGUCUUCAAUGUAUUUAUCGAUAACCUUGACCUGCGUCUUCCUCGAAUAGCACUGUUUUCCACAAGAACCAUCAAGGCUGGAGAAGAGCUGACCUUUGACUACCAGAUGAAAGGUUCUAUAGAUCUGACUUCAGACUCUGCUGAUGGUCUCAGCCCAUCCAGAAAGAGGAUCAGAACAGUCUGUAAAUGUGGAGCUGUUUGUUGCAGAGGUUAUCUCAACUGAGUUUGAGUACCCAAAGUCACAAAUACUUUGUUCUCUUCUAAAAGAGUUUUAAGGAGACUCUUCUUUCAUACAUAUAUUAUUCUUACAGCUCAUGGAAACAGAUACAACGAAAACAAGAUGUUAUGUUUGUAAUUGAAAUGGCAUUGGCCAAAGAAAGAGAUCUAGUGUUUCAGGUUGAAACUGAUAAUGUGGAUUAAAAUUUAAUUUUUCUAUCAUCGUUAUUUAGGAAGCAGUAAACUAUAUGGUAAGAAAACUCUUUAAAAUGUACCUUGAUUCUGAAUAUUAAAUGUAAGCUCACAGUGGUAGGCCUUUUAGGAGCUGAUUUCAGAGAGAAAAAGUGGUGUUGCAGAUUUUCUGUACCUUGCAAAGAAGGUAUUAGAAGGCAUUCAGUUUGAGUUCCUAAAUCAUAGCAGACAGUUCCUUUCUUUUUCUUUUUUUUCUUUUUUGUGGUGGUAUGUUAAAGGCUGAGAGAGAGAGUAGCAGUAACAUCUAUGGCACCACGAUGAGAGGCAUCGGACCACGACUAGAAGGCGGCUCAGAGGAAUGCAAAUUGGAAAAGCUCCAUUGAAUUCCACACAAUAAAAUCAUCGGUAUUAGUUGAGUCUGGGGGUCUUAAACAUCUUUAUCUGAUGUCAUGUUGUUUAGAAGCUUUAUGAAUAGAAUUUCUUAAAUCAUUACGUUCUGACUUUUAGUUCAGAUCCUGUAGGAGGUCUUCUUUUCUGCACAGAAUUUGUAAAUAUUUGGUUAUUAUUGGUAACACACACAGUUUUGUCUUCAUUGCAGAAAUUUGGCAGUCAUUGCUGGAAAAAAAAAAAAACUGGCUACAGUUUGGGAAUAGAAAAUAAAGUAAUUUAAGGAAAGCAGCCUAUUGCCCAUCAACACUGAUGCAUUCUGGAGAUAUACUUAGUUAUCUGUUAGGUGUAGAAAUAGCCUGGGAAUUGAUUUGUAUUAACAGUUGUUUUUGCUUAAGUUUUUACAUACUGUGACUUUUUUUUUUUAACCUAGUGACAGAUUUCUAAGAUAUUAGGCCUAUUUUUCUCGUGUUGCAAAAAUAUUAACUUCAGUGAAGUUAGGCUAGGGUUGAGCUACCCAUUUGCUGUAGUCAUUUGUAACAUGUUCUUGAAUGUAAAGGCUGAGAAGAAUACUGUUCUUCAGCUGCUUGAAUCAUUUUAUUAUUAUUACCUUAAAGUUGUCUUGAUCUGUUCAUAGUAUGUGCUACGUUUUGCUUGGCUUCAAAGACACUGAAAAGCACUUGAGUUUGGUUAUGAGUGGAGUUACAACCAAGGUCCAUGCUCUGGGGAUAUUUGAAGGGCUUAUUUCUCAUGGAUAAAAAAAGCUUGUAAAACUUGCAUGUUGCUUACAAAUACUUGCUUACAAAACGUUGACAGUCAGGCAGAAUGUUGUUGCUCCCUAAAUGGAUGCUAGCUAUGUAUCAUAGGUCAGCUAGUUGCCUUUAUAAGGUGCACAGCUGUUGUCUCAGGUGAAUGAAGUCAAGUACCCAGCACGUAUCAGUUUCCUUAAUUUGUUAGAAAAUGCCUUAAACUUCACGCUAGUUCCCAGCACUCCAAGAAGAGUGUUUCAGAGGAUAACACAGGUUGUCUGUUGAUUAAGAAGCACCGUUGCAUUGGCACUGAACAUCUGGCUCUUUGGCAAAAAAUGUCAUUUUUUUAUGCUUAGAGACAUUAAAAUCAGUUUCACAGUUGGAGCGAAGAGCGUGGGCCACUGCAAGUCCUGUCUGAGUUUUGUAAUCUACAACACAAAGAGAUACACGUUGAAAUUAUUGUUUUACAUGAGUAGGAGGAAACUUGCUUAUGUUUAAAAUUUGACAUUAACAGGCUCGGCUGUAUCCACACACUUGGAUAAAUGCUCAAUCUAAUCCAUUUAUAAAAUGUCACUUCUCCAACAAUUUUUAAUUUAUUGAUGUGGAAUGUUGGAACUUUAACAAACUCUAGAUUAUCUUCUGUCAUUUGGAGUUGUUUGCUUUCUCUUGCAUGUAGCCCAAUUUAGAAAUGCAUUCCACACGGAUGGAAUCUGCAACGUCCAGCUCCUGAAUCUGCUGCAGUCUGCAGCCUUUCCUCGGUGCAGGAGUGCAAGAGUUCUGCAGCAAGACGUAGAUUCCUUGCCACAUCGGUUUCUCUGGCCUCUGCUGUGCAAGUUGACAGAAUGGUUUACCACCCUCUUUGAUUUAAAAAUCACAAAUAAAUACACGUUCUAAGAUAAAAGUCUUACCAGUUGUACUUGAGUUCCGUGCCUGCCUUUUUCCCAAGGCAGUAUAUGUUAUCACCAGCAUUGAAGUGACAAACACUGUUGUUCUAUAAGGAUAUGUAUGUUACCUCUUGUGUGUUAAAUAAAGGACCUUUAAUUUAUGUUCUAGGAGGUAACAGUAUUUUGUAUUUAUUUGAAGUAAAAUCACAUAUCCAGUUUCUAAUUUAGAACACUGAACAGUGUUUAUGUAUUCAGUGCAUUUGCAGUUGAUAACUGAGCUUAACGGAAUACUGCAUCACUUUUAAAAUUCCUUUUGCUGUUUCUAUGAGUUCAGGGGGGAAAUUGCCAGAUUGGAAAAGAAGAAGAAAGGUAUUUUCCAUUUCUUAAGGAGCCUAAACCAGCCUAGCUUCUGCCUUUGUUUCGCUUUGUGGUCUGUUAGCAUCUUCAUGGCCACUACUUCAGUGGUGCAUGUGUACUUCUUAAGAGUCAGGUAACCUGUGCUUUGUCAUCUGGCUUAUUGUUUUUGUUGGGUUUAUUUCUGAGGUAGCAGAACUAAUGCUGCAACAUUAUCUGUAAGAUUGUCUAUUUAUUUAAUCUCAAAGUUAAAUCAAGUCAAUCUUUGGGUUAUUUCUAAUGUAUGUCUUAGGACUGUGUACUUUAGCAUAUGCAGUUUGUAAGCUCAGGAACAUUUUCUUCUCAUAAUGUGUGAUCUCUAGUAUUGCUAUCUUCCUACAGUUUUUGACAAAAUAAAUUAAAUUUAGUUUUUUUUU